AUGAGUAACUACGUAAACGCACACCCCACCGAUGUCACCAACGACAUAAACGCCUAUACGUUGGAGACCCCAAGCAGUACUGAACGUUCGAAAAGGGUUCUGGAACCGGAAGUGGACACAACGCUUUGCGGCCGCGACGGGUCACUGAGGGAGCGCCGUUGUAAGCUAUUUAAACUGACCAUGUUGGCAAUAGUGCCUGGCGUAAUUAUCAUAGUCCGCGACGCUAUGAAGGUCGCAAGGGACGUACAGACGUUUCAACAAAACCGCGACGUGCAGGAAAUAAUCCGGUUCAGCGUAGAGAUUAGUGACGUCAUACAUGCCAUGCAGAUAGAGCGGGGAACCACCGCCCUCUACGUGUCCUCCAAUGACGAUCCAUUUUUACACUCGCGUCUCUUAAAUGUGUACCAAGACACAGACGCUGCAAUAAGCAUUCUGUCGAAAUGGAUCAGCAUCGGCUCAAAGGAAUUUUUCCAGACAAAGUAUAGUUUUCAGCGACAUAUCAGCGAGUUCAGAUCGGACCUCGUCUCACGUAACGUUACGCUUAGUGAGGUGAUAAACUUCUACAGCGACGACAACGGAGACUUCGUCGCCAUGAUCGGACGGAGUUUGAACCUGCGUAAGCCUUUCAAUUUUUGGGUGGACCUGGCGUCCUAUCAGAGACUGAUCAUUAGCAAGGAACAGGCAGGGAUAGAGAGAGCUCUGGGUAGCACAUACUUCGCUAGAGGUCACCUUCCGGACACUGACCAUCACUGGUACAUCGAGAGUCGUGUGCUGGGUGCCCACUUUCUGCAGCAGAGCCGCAUAUUCUCCGAAUUUACUGAAUCGAACAUCGACUCCCUUUUCGAAGGUACCGAUCUGCAUGCAAGAAUUGUAUCGAUGCAAGAGCAGAUCAUAGACAACAAAUCAGUGGCGCCAUCUGUUGAGGCAGCUGCAGAUGAAAACUCUUCACUACUCGAAGCGAUGGCGAUUAGCGCUGUUCAGUUUACUAUUGGCAUUGUGAUAUUGCCAGUUGUCAUUAUCCUUGUCCGUAACAUAAUCAAACUUAUCAAAAAGAUCAAGAACUUCUCGGAAGAUCUGCAGGUCAAAACUUGCGAACUAGAGGCGGAAAAACAACGAACGGAAGAGCUUCUGUACCAGCUCCUUCCGAGAUCGGUUGCUAAGCAACUGAUGACUGACGGAAGCACGUUACCAGAGUCAUAUCUUUCCGCGACCAUAAUGUUUUCAGAUGUUGUUGGAUUCACUUCCAUUGCGAGUUCGAUAACACCGAUGCAAGUGGUGAACUUUUUGAAUAGCCUCUACAUGACCAUUGACAACAGGCUCAAAGAUUUCGAUGUAUACAAGGUUGAGACAAUAGGGGAUGGAUAUAUGGUCGCGUCCGGUCUACCAAACAGAAAUGGCGAAAAGCAUGUGGCAGAAAUAGCCAGAUUGUCCCUAGAUUUAUUGAAAACUAUGACGGAAAAGCAGAUGCCACACUUACCGGACCAGAAAAUAUGCUUGAGAAUGGGUUUCAACACUGGGCCAGUGGUGGCAGGCGUAGUUGGAGUGAAGAUGCCGCGCUAUUGCAUCUUCGGUGACACGGUAAACACUGCCUCGCGAAUGGAGUCAACUGGACUACGGUUCACCCUAGCAACCGAUGACAACAACUAUCAUCCACAGCAACCGAGUCAUAUAAACUUUGGCACGUGA